UCACCAUCAUCAUCAUCACCAGCAGCAGCAGGCGCAGGCGACCGCGGCGGCUGCGUCCUGUAUCUGGGGAGCGGUCUACCCACCGCCACCGCCCGCCCUGGGAUAUCAUCAUCUUCACCAUCAUCAUCAUCACGUGCCGCCGCCGUCAGGCGAGGACACGCAGUGCGGCACCGAGGAUUCUGCCAUCGCCCAGGGAGGCGACCAGCUCCAGAGGAUGACUAUGGACGGCGUAGAGGUGGUGGGCUCGCAGCCGCACGCGGCCACCAGCCCGUUUCUGCUCUCCUCACCACCACUGGGUCAUCAUCAUCAUCAUCAUCAUCACGCGACGUUCAAUCUGCCGGUGCAGCUUAGCUUCGACGCGUGUUUACCGUACAACGCGGCCUCCUCGUCCAGCUCGGUCACUUGCGGCGUCGGCGGGACGUCCGUGAACGCGACCUGCACGAAUUCGUCCUCUACCAGCUGCGGCAAGACGAACACGCCGCAGCUCUCCCUGUCCACAAACGUGCCGUUACAUAUGCAACUUCAAAUCAGCUCAACAACCCCCACGGAGCACAACCACGAACGCCAUCACCAGCACCAUCAUCGAUUGGACGAUCAUCACCAGCAUCAGCUGCAGCACCCCAAUGCCUCGUCACCGUCCACCGAUAUCGCGGACGGCAAGCGGCACCGGCAACCCGACGACGAUGAUAAGAGUUGCAUCAGGAAUUGCAGGAGCGAUAUUCACGAUACGAACGAUAAGGAUAAACCCGGCGACUUGAACACACCGGUUACCACCAGCAGCGACCUACCGUCUUUCUUCGGACCCUCCGCGCUUGUCGAACCGCCACCAAUCUCAGGCAGCCUGGCGAGCGAGGAUCUCUCUCUAGAAGAGGCGACUGCGGAGGAAGACGAGAACGGUCCGUCCGCCGGUAGGGAUCAUCGGCAUCAUCACCAUCAGGACGCGCGAAAUGCCGUCACGUCGAACGCGCCUUCCUCGAGCAGCCCGCCGUCGCGCCACCAUCAAACCCAGGACGAGGCGGAUCGCUGUAACGCGCUGCAGAGUGGUGUAAUUUUAUACUCACCGCAUUCCACGUCUACCGCGCCCGCGACGAGCGUGAAUAUCUGCAACGUACCGACGUUGACCUAUCGCGGCGUCUUCACCACGACCUGUACGCAGUCCUCGCCUCUGAGCAAUCUCCAGGGCGACCAGCAGCAGCAGCAACCGCAACAGCCGACGGGUCAGGAGCUGUGGGCGCCAUUACCGUCACCAACCUUAACCUUGGCGGGCCAGCCGUUCCUUCACCCCAACCUACACUCGACCGCGUACAGCGGCGAGACCGUCGAAUUGCUGCAGGUCGAUUCGAAACCACCCCCACCGCCUGGUUAUCACGACACGGCAACCACCACCACCACGACCUGGCUGACGGGUCACGAGGAUGCUUACGAUCCUGGUCUUCUCUCCCACCAUCAUUCUCACACCCAUCAUCAGGAGACAACGUUGAAGCAGGAGCCAACCGGCACCGGUUACACUCCAAAUGUACAACAGCCGCAACAAGCUCAAGCGCAAGCUCAACAACAACAACAGCAACAGCAACAACAGCAACAACAAGCUCCACCAUCUGGCACCUGCGGUAACGCGGGAGUCCAGCUGGCCGAAUACAAUCCGAGCACGUCCAAGGGCCACGAGAUCCUUUCUCAGGUCUAUCAGCAAAGCGCGAUACCGCUCCGAUUGGUUCCCGUGAAACCGCGGAAGUACCCGAAUCGACCGAGCAAAACGCCGGUCCACGAGCGGCCCUACGCCUGUCCGGUGGACGGCUGCGACCGCAGGUUCUCUCGCAGCGACGAGCUCACCCGGCACAUACGUAUUCACACCGGGCAGAAGCCAUUUCAGUGUCGCAUCUGCAUGCGCUCGUUUUCGAGGAGCGAUCACCUAACCACCCACGUGCGCACGCACACGGGUGAAAAACCAUUUUGCUGUGAUCAGUGCGGCCGAAAGUUCGCCAGAAGCGACGAGAAGAAGCGUCACGCGAAGGUACAUCUGAAGCAGAGGCUGAAGCGCGAGGCGUCUCACGCUAAUCCAAGAACCCAUCAUCAGAGCCACGCGUCGUCACCCUGCAAUCAAUGAAUUCCAUGACAACGAUGUUGAAAAAAAUCCCCUUUAACGUCUGAGAUCUCAUUACGUUUGUCACGUUCUGACAAGUUGUGAUCUAUGUCUCCCCGAUUCUUAUUUUCCUCUAUCCUCUCUCUCUCUCUCUCUCUCUCUCUCUCUCUCUCUCUCUCUCUCUCUCUCUUCUCUUUUUCGAUCAUCGAUCAUCUUUUCUUUCCUGCAUCUCUCAUGAUGACCGAUGAAGAAAUUGCGGAAAUCUUUAGGCGGUCAAAACUGAUCCGUCGCCGACUGAUCCGUUAUUUAUCGUCGGUCCUCCAUUAUUUAUCGUCGAUUCUUCAUAAUUUAUCUUAAAACAUAGCUGGAUACAAAUUAAUUGAAUCUCACGAA